GGUACUCUAACCUGAACACCUCGUCGUACAUGACAUUCCAUAACACCGGACCCAGGAUGGAACCUUGCGGGACUCCUGAGGUUAUGUGAAAGCACUUCCGACCCAUCUCCGUGUCGUAAACUAGUACGCGAUUCUGAAAGUAACUUUCGAGAAUCUUGUACAGGUUCUCCGGUAUCCCCAGACGCAAGAGCGCAUCGGCAAUAGCAGACCAGAUGGCGCUAUUAAACGCAUUCAUUACAUCCAGAAUCACUACCGUGCAGAAGCAAAUUCCCCUCCUCUUAGGCUCGAGUGUUUUCUCGGCAGUUUUUGUAACCGACAAGAUAGCGUUUACGGUGGACCUCCCCUUCCGGAAGCCGUACUGGUUGCUCGAAAGGCCAUUUUCGCCCUCGGUGAAUCUCAACAUUCUAUUGAGAAUGAUCUUUUCGAGCACCUUUCCCGCCGUGUAAAUCAAGCAUAUUGGUCUACCGGGUCUCCGGGUCUCCGACGCGUCUCCGGGUGGUUUCCCCGCCUUUGGCAAUAGUACCAGGCUCUGCCUCUUCCAAGCUUCUGGAAAAACUCUCUCGUCCAGGCAUUUCUGCAUAGCAGACCUGAACAUCUCGGGAGCCUCUGCAAUAGCUACUUUCAAGGCCAGGUUCGGAACUCCGUCCAGACCUGGGGCCUUACCUACGCUAAGGGACUUAGCUAUCCUCGCAAGCUCCACAUCGGUCCACCCAGUCUCCGGCUGUCCUACGAAAGGAGGCCAAGGACUAGGAUCAUGACGCGGAAAAAGUCCUCCAAUGAUCCCCUCCAACAUCUCUGGAGAUUGCUCUGUAGGAGCCAUCACACCUCUCGUCUUGGCCAUAACGAUCUGGUAGGCGUCACCCCACGGGUUGGUAUUGGCACUCUGACAGAGACCCUCGAAGCAGGCCUUUUUGCUUGCUUUUAUCUCGGUCUUAAGCGCGGCUUUUGCAGCGGCGAACACCACCCGCCGUUCGUUUUGCUCUUCCUCUGAUCGUGCUCGCUGCAUCCGCCGCCUAGCCCGUAGGCAGGCGCGGCGCAGGUCCGCAAUCGCGUCGGUCCAACAGUAAGGCAGUGGCCUUCCAAUUCUAGAGUGGACUCACCUAGGCAUGGUCGCAUCACACGCACGUGAGAGCACCGCUACCAGCUCGUCACCGUCUAAACCGAUUAAGUUUCGCUCUCGGCGGAGCGCCUCCCUAAAUACCCCUUCGUCGAAGUAUGAUGUCUUCCACCUGCGAGGGCUUGGCCUUGGCCUAACCGCCUCUUCUUCUAUCCGCUGUCUGCUGUUGUUGUAGUCGAUACUGUAGCGAACCGCCAGGUGGUCGCUGUGAGUGUAGCCAUCAUCUACUCUCCAGUUCGAACUACUUGUUUAGCCAGGACUACAAAAGGUCACGUCAAUAAUUGACUCCGCUCCGUUUCGACUAUAGGUACCGACAUUAGCCAAGUCGACAUCUAAGAUGGCCAGUGUUUCUAGCAGGAUCUGACCCCGCUGGUUCGUGAAACGGCUUCCCCAUUCCACGGCCCAGGCAUAAAAGUCACCCGCUGUUACCACCGGCCUUCGCCCUGUUAGCAAGAUCGUUAAACGGUCCAGCAUUUGCGUGAACCGCUCGAUCGACCACCGCGGAGGCGCAUAACAGCUACAGAAGAAGACCCCGAUUACUUUGGCACCACGAAGCCCUCAUAGGUAAUAGACGGUUCCGGGUCAUUUGGCCGAACGCCAUUUGGCCGAAUGCCGUUUGGCCGAACGCCAUUUGGCCGAAAGGGUCAUUUGGCCGAAUGCCAUUUGGCCGAAUGCCGUUUGGCCGAAAAUAAAUGAUGAACUUAAAUGACCAUGUCACAAUUCCUCGCAUCAGUAUAACUCGAAAGAACAGCCUAUGAUUCAAAGAAGGAAAAAUCUUUGAUAAAAUAUUGACAGAUUCAACGCCAACUCAUCCCCGAAUGUCAAAACUAGAAAGAAUAGCCUAUGAUUGAAAGAAGGAAAAAAUUCUGAUGAUCAUAUUGGUAGUUGGAAUGUCAAAAGCUUCCUCUGAAUUCUUUUGAACAUAAUUCGGGCAAACGGCUUUCGGCCAAACGUCCAUUCGGCCAGAUGGCAUUCGGCCAAAUGGCGUUCGGCCAAACGGCUUUCGGCCAAAUGACCGGACACCGUAAUAGACACCAACUCCUGGACGGGGUAUUUACCCGUUGUCCAUUUUCUGGUCCCAUCCACGACCCAGUUGCCGUUGCCGGCGGGUACUCGGUAUGGGUCCGAUAUGAUGGCGAUAUCCGUCUCCCACUCAGAAACCGCCUGACAAAGCAGUUGCCGAGCCGCAUCACAGUGGUUCAGGUUCAGCUGCGUUACCUGCACUGUGGUUUGUUGUUCACUGCGGCUUUCUUGAAGGCCGGGCACCUUGCACCACCCAUUGGAAGCAUCGGAUGUCUGUUGUUCGAGGAUUUCCCGGUACAGAUCAUGCAGACGGGCGGACUCGUGCAGCUUUGGGCCUUAGGACCUUCAGCGCCGCAUCGCUUGCACAGUUUGCGCCUGUCGGGGCCUAUGCAGUCCCACGACUUGUGUCCUGGUUCCAGACACUUGAAGUGAACCUCUGGUGGCUCGUGGAAUGUCAGGUGACAUACACACCAGCUCACCUUUAUGCUCCCUACUUUACUGGACUUUUUAACGUCCGCCACAGGUAGCUAAACCAAAGCUAUCAGUGUCCCUGCUGGCCCUUUCCGUAGCUUAACGGCUGCGGCGGCCACCUGCAACUACACAUCGCACUGUUGCCGCAGUGCCGUGACGAGCUCUUCCACUUCGGUGAUCGCAUCAAUGUCCUUGACCUUCAGCCUCUUGUAGGCGGCGCCCUUGUGUUCCUUCUGGCGCUUCAGAUCCAGGAUCAUCUGGCCCGUACGAGUACGUCGCCUCCAAGACACUCAAGCUUAGCGUCGUUUCGCAUCGUCUUCAAGACGUCCGAGUACUUGGACUGUUCCGUCUUGAUGACGAUCGCGUCGCCCUCCUACGUCUUGGCUUGGCGUCCUGCGCUACUGCCUGCGGAUUCGUCUUCUUCUUCAUAUUCCGCUCUACCUUCGUCCAAGGGGGGUCCUCCCCUUGGAUCGCCCUGCUCUGUGGCUGUUGAAGGCCCACCAGCGGUCGCAUCGUUCCGAGACGGGCCAGCCUUUUCAGGCCUACCCUUCUGAGCUUUCCGGGAGCCCUGGCUGGGGUCCGACCUUCCGGCAUUAUUACCGACUUUCGGGGUAAUGAUUCGCCUGGCUUUGCGGGCACCGCCAGACAGCUCCUCGCCUGACGGCUGCCUCGCCCGCUUCUGUGAUUGCUUCCCCGUUUGUGACGAGCAGUCAUUGGCGUAGCUAGGGGGGGUUCCAGGGGUGCCUGGCACCCCCUAAAACAAAUUUGGCACCCCCUAGAAUUUUUCCUUGACAGUUACCUAAAAGUUAAAACUUCACACAAUAAUUCCAAUAUUUAUGAAUGACACAUAAAGCCUGUAUCCGCAAUAAUCGGGACACAGAAAUACAACUGUAACUCUGCAAUAGAUACAUUAAAACUGCUCAAAUUUGGCCUAAUAGCAUCUUAAGAUGUAUUAAUUUCACCUACAAAAUUUCAUGUGAAUCGGUGUAGUACUUUUUGUUGUAGCAAUGGAAGAGUAGAAUGUGCGUCAUUAAAUUUUGUACAGCCCCUAGUUUUGCUUGUCAGCACCGUAACUUUUAAAUUUGGCAAAGGAAAUGGCUGAAAUUUUGAACACAAACCUCUCAAUCUACAUUUGUUGCAUGGGCAAAAUUUCAAAAAAAAAAUCGAUGCAUUACUAACCAUUUAUAGUCGAAACAUGUAUUAGUACUGAACGUGAUUUUAGCCCCUCAGAGAGCAAUUAGUCAACACCCUUCCCAAGUAACAAUUAUACUUUUGUGGCAAUCCUGAAGUAAUUUCUAAGAUAGAAUAAUAAAACUUAGCAAUAAAGCUCUUUUUUCUGCAAAUCUGAGAUAAAAUAGGCAUAAAUCAUCCAUAGUACUAAUUGUGGUAGAGCAAACCUGGAACGAGUAAAUGAUUAAUAAACAUUAAUUUAAUAGGAUACUUACCUGUGAGUUAUUCUUUAGAAUUGCCUAAAAGUAAAUAAACUUUCCUCGACUGAGAAAAAUAGUGACGUUUUGAUUGAUGCUAGAAAAAAACAAGCGAAUCUGACAUACUGCGAUGCAUUUGUAUUAGUGAUUUCGAGAUGGGCUAUAAAAGGAGAGGUAUGAUCAUUUUCGUCAACACGAAGCGUUUGCUAUAAAAACGCAUAGAUAAAGUCUUAAGGUAAAAAGAGGGUAAAAGAUAAUUCGUCUCAUGAAGCAGACGUUAGAUACGUGUGUAUUGGUGCAGGUUGGUGAAGAUGAGAUGUCGAUUGGCACUGGUGUUAGUGAGUGAGGUGUGUACAUAAUAUGAAGGUUUGACCGUGUAAGUGAAGAUGGGUGAUAAAGCUGUGUAUUGGUAAAAGCUAGGGGUUCUGACGAGCAGGAAGCUGGAUGGAGGAUUAUUCUCUCGACGAACUUUGUGGCGUACGGACGCGAGUUAGUUAUUCGCGAUUUUUCCAAUUUCAAAAUGGCGGAUCAGCCAAAGCAGAAGUUGCGCCAGCCGAAAAGAAAAAAUCACCACAAUGGCGUAGCAGAAGCUCCCAAAACGUAAGUAUAAAGUGAAUUCAACAGUAAAAAGUGGAACAAUUGAAUUUGUAAGAAUUCGAGUGAACAAUUGUGCGUUCAAUAAGCUUGCGACAGAUCAGCUGGAUUAUUAUUUGUUUGCCAUUUUACGUGCGACAGGUCACGCAAUUAAAAGCGCUAUACUACUUGCGACAGGUCAAGUAUGAAAAAGUCAAUUAGCUUGCGACAGGUCAAGCCUUGUUAAGAAUUAUAUUUAACGUGCGACAGGUCACGUAUAUGAAAGCGCCAUUUUGCUUGCGACAGGUCAAGCCUUGUUAACAGUUACUACUUGCGACAGGUCAAGUAUGAAAGAUUCAAUUAGCUUGCGACAGGUCAAGCCUUGUUAAGAAUUAUGUUUGACGUGCGACAGGUCACGUAUAUUAUAGCGCCGUUACACUGGCAUUCCUAAACUAAGCUGAGUCGCUGAGUAUAGUUUGUAUUGUGUUUCUUACAGGAACGCUGAUUUGAACGGAACUGGAAGCAAGAUGUCAAAAAAGGAUCGGAAGAUGGAGAUUUUGACAAAGCAGCUCGAAGCAGAGAAAAAGGAAAAAGCAGAGAUAGGAGAGCAGCUCAAGAAACUUCAAGCAGAACUCGAAGCGAUGAAAUCGGCACAAAUGCCUAAUCCCACACCGGAGAAGGAAGUUCUCAACGACGCUGGCGAAGAAUUUGAAGUGGCACCAAGCGCCUCGAGCACUAGGCGUGUGCGGUCGAUGGCUAAUCUGGAGGAGUCUCGCUUCUUAUCCUCGGUGAACCAGUUGUCAAUUUCGUCGAUAACGGUUCCUGAAUGUAAGCCAGCAGAAGGAGAUGACGAGAUACAUCGGAACACAUUCGAAAUGUGGCGGGACCUACUCAUCGAUUGCAUGGCCUUAGCUGGGAUCGAAGACGAAUUCACGAAAUUCACUGUCUUCAAAGUGAAGGCCGGUCCUCGACUGUUAACGGUGUUCAGAAAUACGAAGUCCGACGUAGAUGCCCCUGAUGCGACCACUGAACCCUUUUCGAAUGCACUCCACCGACUCAGGCAGUAUUUUGGUUCCGGGUCCGACAUAAUGUUCCAGAGACGUAAGCUUGCUCUGAUGGAACAGAAGACGGAGGAAUCAGAUCUCGCCUUUGUUACCAGGGUAGGCGAAACAGCGCAACUUUGUGACUUCGACAAGGCAAAGGAAUUUGAGGAAAUCGCAAAAGCUGUGGCAGAGCAUGCAAGAUGCAAAGAAGUUCGCGUCACGGCCCUCAAAAUGGUCACCCGAAACGGAUCUUUCACGGAUCUAGUGGAUAAGGUCCGAGAAAUCCAGGCAAUUCGUAUGAACGAGGAGUACUUCGCAGUUAAGCAUGGACCAGAAGCAACAACAUCUAAACCAGCGUUGGUAGCUCCAUUGAGAGCUGAACACUCCAAGCAGUGGAUACCGCGACGAAACUUUUCACAAAGAGCCGACAACCGAUAUGUUCCAUAUUCGCGAGGUUAUGCACGUAACAAUCAACGAGUCGGCAGGCAAUCAGGAUGGCGAAUGAAUAAUUCGGAUUCAGCCAGAAGUAACGCUGGACCUCACAAUGAUCAGCGUCAAUCUGGUAGAUGUUGGAGGUGCUAUAGCUAUUUCCACUUGCCAUCUGAAUGCGGGGCAGCAAAUCUUGUCUGUCGGAAGUGCGGCGUGCUUGGGCACAUCCAGAGGGCCUGCCAGCCAUCGAUUAAGGAGAACAUGAAGCGUGUGCCGACCAAGGAUAUUUCUGAAAUCGAAGUGAACUAUGCUCAGGCUGAAGCUAAUGACGAGGAGGCGACUUCAAAGCAAGAAAAAGUGAACGUAUCCGAAGAACAUGAUGAGGUUGAGGGCGACCGACACGUUAUCGCUACAAUCGGAACGUGUGUGGAAGAAUGCAUCGUAACUGCAUCGGUCGCUGGUAUGCGAUGUGACUUCCUCGUUGACUCCGGCGCAGAAGUGAAUACUUUUAUUGAACAAUCAUUUCAUAUACUGAAAAACGAUAACAGGUACAGUGGCAGCUUGUACAGCAUUCGGGAAGGAUCCGAUGUGCCUCUGAAAGCGUAUGCUUCGAAGGGUGAGAUCGCGGUUCUUGCUACAUUUGAAGCAUUCUUGUUCAUCUCUGAAGAUCGACCGGUGCACCUAGAGAAGUUUUAUGUGGUUAAGGAUGCUAACCGUCCAUUACUAGGAAGAUCCACUGCCAUACGGUACAGCGUACUCAUGGUGGGAAUGAGCGUACCAAUUCCGGAGCGCGAAGUUCAAGGCAGAAUUUUGGCUUCCGUUGAGGUUAGGGAUCCGUUCCCCAAGUUCAAUAUUCCGCCGGUGAGAAUCAGCUACGAUAAGACAAGGGCGCCAUGCAGAAACAUAUUCUCAAAUAUCCCGGAAGCAAUCAAACCUAUGGUGGAAGACAGGCUCCGCGAACUGGUCAGGACCGAUAUAAUCGAACCAGUUGGCGAUGGUAUGGACAUGUCCUUUUGUUCGUCGAUGCUAGCUAUUCCAAAGGGUAAGCAUGACAUCCGCCUUGUCAUCGACCUCAGGGGACCCAAUAAGUACAUAGAGAGGACCCCCUUUGCUAUGCCUACGUUGGAAUCCAUUCUUGCAAAGCUGAACGGUGCUACGUGGUUCUCGACAAUAGACUUGUCUAAUGCAUUUUUCCACAUCGUGCUGGACAAGGAAUCCCGACACCUUACGAACUUUUAUACCGAGUUCGGGAUAUUCAGAUGUGUACGUCUACCCUUCGGGCUAUGUAACGCGCCAGAUGUGUUUCAAGAGGUAAUGCAGCGAGUCAUCUUGGGAGAAUGCCCGGGCGUGAUCAAUUAUCUAGAUGAUGUCCUUAUCUUUGGACGCACCAAGGAAGAGCCGUCGUGCUCAGUCGUCUUGAAGCACAUAACGUAAAGCUGAAUGCCGACAAAUGCGUAUACGGAAGCCAAUCGGUCAAAUUUGUGGGAUUCAAUCUCACACCAAAAGGUUGGAGUGUAACCGAUGAGAAAUUGAGCGCCAUCAAAAGCUUCAGAACACCAACAUCGUGUAGUGAAGUUAAGAGUUUUCUUGGUUUGGUGACGUUUGCCGACCGUUUUAUUCAAGGCAGAGCAGACCUAACGCAACACCUACGAGCCCUCGCGAAUUCGGACAAGUUUUACUGGACGGAAAAAGAAGAGUUGGAGUUUAAUCACCUUCAGGACAACGCAUUGAAAAACAUCCAAGUGUUGGGCUACUACAGUCCCACCGACCCAACAGAGUUGUUCGUCGAUGCAAGCCCGAUAGGGCUUGGGGCGGUGUUGGUGCAAUUUAAUUCCGACAAUGUACCCCGCAUUAUCUCAUGUGCAUCGAAAGCACUCACCCCAACGGAGCAGCGGUACCCCCAAACCCAAAGAGAAGCGCUGGCUGUGGUUUGGGGUGUGGAGCGUUUUACUUCGUAUUUGCUGGGAAGAUCCUUCGUCAUCAAAACGGAUGCGGAGGCGAAUGAAUUUAUCUUCAACUCAUCGCACAGGAUUGGAAAAAGAGCAGUAUCACGCGCGGAGUCAUGGGCACUUCGACUCCAGCCGUAUGAUUUCACUGUAAAAGGAGUUAAGGGUAAAGAAAACCUCGCUGAUACCUUGUCCCGCCUGAUUCAUAAAACGCAAAAAGCAGAACCCUUCGAAGAGGACGAUGGUGGACACUUUCUAUAUUCACUGGAUGCAGGAUCGAUGAAUAUUACAUGGGACGAGAUCGAGAAGGCUUCAGAGGAAGACGAAGAAUUGCAGAUGGUGGUCGAAGCGCUGAUAUCCGACUGUUGGCCAAAGGAUUUACGCAAGUUCGAAUCACAGAAGAAAAAUAUCCGUGCGCUAGGUUCCUUGUUGUUCAGGGGAGAUAAUGCAAUCCUACCAAGCGCGCUACGUAUGAAGGCGUUGAAAGCUGCUCACGGAGGACAUGUAGGAGAAACAUCGAUGAAAAGGAUUAUGCGACAAUUUUUCUGGUGGCCAGGGAUGUCCAUCGAAACAGAAAAAUUUGUCAAAAACUGCGAAACGUGUGCUAUGCUGUCAAGGAAAAAUCCUCCACUUCCACUUUCGUCAAGGGAAAUUCCUGAUGGCCCAUGGCAGAUCCUUCAAGUGGACUUCCUCUCUAUUCCUGGGUGCGGUUCAGGUGAGUUUUUGGUCCUAGUUGACACUCAUUCGCGAUUCCUUUCGGUGCUUGAAAUGCGAAGUACGGAUGCAAAAAGUACAAACGAAGCACUAUGCGAGGUCUUUAAAAUGUGGGGAUUGCCCCUGAUUCUGCAGAGCGACAACGGCCCCCCAUUCCAAAGUAGUGCUUUCAUUGAAUACUGGGAAAAUAAAGGGGUGAAAAUUCGCAAGUCGAUACCUUUAUGGCCACAGUCGAAUGGGGCCGUGGAGCGACAGAAUCAGGGGAUAAUCAAAGCGGUAUCCGCCUCCAAGUUAGAAGGCACCAACUGGAGACACGCUUUGCAACACUAUGUUCACAACCACAACAAUUUGAUUCCGCAUUCUCGGCUCGGUGUGACCCCCUUUGAGCUACUGGUCGGUUGGAAGUUUAGGGGUACUUUCGUCAGUUUGUGGAAACCAACCCAGCUGGAUUACGAUGAACUGCAGGAGAAAGAUUCUGAAGCCAAACUGAUCAGCAAACAACACACGGACGCUGCACGGGGAGCGAAGGAGUCAACCAUCAAGCCAGGAGAUACGGUUCUUGUGUCCCAAGCACGGAAAUCGAAGACAGAUCCAACAUUUUCCGGAGAGCGUUUCAAGGUCCUAGCCAGAGAAGGAGCGAAAAUAGUAGUCCUCAGUCGUAGCGGCGUGCAAUAUACCCGGAACGUGCAAGAUGUGAAAUUAGCACCACCGGAACCUCUCGUUGAUCAGCCAGCAGAACUAGAACCGAGCGCUGCAUCGGAAGCCAUACCAGGCACUUCUUCCAAGAUUGGAGAUAGUUUUUCGGGACCUGAUCCAUCGACUCGUGAGCCAUCGGAGUUGAUUCCAUCGUCGCGCCAAGAAACAGGAAGACACUUCCGAGACCGUUCCAAAGUCAAGAAGCCGGCAAGAUUCGACGACCGAUUUGUGUACUUCGUGUACGAUUGAAGUGGAGGCGGAGGCGAAUGUGGUAGAGCAAACCUGGAACGAGUAAAUGAUUAAUAAACAUUAAUUUAAUAGGAUACUUACCUGUGAGUUAUUCUUUAGAAUUGCCUAAAAGUAAAUAAACUUUCCUCGACUGAGAAAAAUAGUGACGUUUUGAUUGAUGCUAGAAAAAAACAAGCGAAUCUGACAUACUGCGAUGCAUUUGUAUUAGUGAUUUCGAGAUGGGCUAUAAAAGGAGAGGUAUGAUCAUUUUCGUCAACACGAAGCGUUUGCUAUAAAAACGCAUAGAUAAAGUCUUAAGGUAAAAAGAGGGUAAAAGAUAAUUCGUCUCAUGAAGCAGACGUUAGAUACGUGUGUAUUGGUGCAGGUUGGUGAAGAUGAGAUGUCGAUUGGCACUGGUGUUAGUGAGUGAGGUGUGUACAUAAUAUGAAGGUUUGACCGUGUAAGUGAAGAUGGGUGAUAAAGCUGUGUAUUGGUAAAAGCUAGGGGUUCUGACGAGCAGGAAGCUGGAUGGAGGAUUAUUCUCUCGACGAACUUUGUGGCGUACGGACGCGAGUUAGUUAUUCGCGAUUUUUCCAAUUUCAAAAUGGCGGAUCAGCCAAAGCAGAAGUUGCGCCAGCCGAAAAGAAAAAAUCACCACACUAAUCUGGCCCACUCUUCAGGAGAUCUUCAAAGCUGCUUUUGAAGACUGCUUUGAAACUAGUUGUAUUUAUGUACUUGCAUUGAUGAUUUAUUAUAAGAACUUCAUGAAACUUUAACAAGAAUAGCUUGAGGCAUGUUGAUCUUUUAGCUGUCUUUCUCAAAAGUGUCAACAGUGCAUAAUAAAUGAAAUCUUUUACCUAAGCAUUAUGCAGAUGCAAAACGUUUUGUUUCAUGGAUGAAAUGUUAAUUGAACUGCAAAUUAAUUUUCAUCAAAUUGAAAUGGCUAAAGCAUUAAAAUUGUCUGACAGAUCAUUGAUGACAGGGAAUUAAAAUUUUCCGUGCCAUACCCACUUCUUCGUUGAUAUGCCGCCCAAAACAUACGAAAAUAACAAAGCGCUUCAAAAAUAAUAUCAAUCAUUAAUAUACGAAGACAUAAAUUUCCUAUAAAAACAAAAGGCUACGCCACUUUUUCAAUUCUAUCUAAACAUGGCUGCCGUUCCAAGCGAACAACACUCAUGCAGCCGCCAUCAAUUGUUAUUACCUUUAAUCCAAACCCCCUCAAAACAAUGAUGAAACCAAGUCACCUUGCAUGAAAGCUAUAGCCUUUGUUGAAGAUCGUUUUUACUAGUUAUGAUCUUGAGGCAGAUUUGUUCGUCUUCAAUGAAACUUAUUCGUUUUAUUCAAGAGUAACAGCCUUUGACAAUUGUUUGUUUACGUUUUCGAUGCUAGAAAGUUUUCUCUGUACAUUUCGCGGUGUUUCGCGUCAAGAUUUGCCAAUUAUAUUUUGUUUCCCAGUAUUUUUGCAAUUAAUAAUAAAGUGAAACUUACUAAAAUAACACUAUUUGGCAUGAGCUUGAGCAGAGUCACAGUAAGUACCCAUUUCAUUUUCGAUUUGCAAAGCUGUGGCCUGUGUGAGGAACUGGUUGAAGGCAGGACGACAGCAGCCAGCUACUCGCAUUUUUGAUUGGCCGUAAAAUCAUUCUUUCGUUGACAUGAUUACUUUUCAGCACAAGAAUGGCUAAAUUAUCAGUGAGCAAACAUGUUUAUGUGAUAAAAUUUGCAUGAGAACGCGGUUUUUCAACCAAUUUGUUACAUUCAUUAUUUGGAUUGAAAAAUAGUUCGUUGUCUUAUUAUUAUUUCGCAUAGUUCUUGUUACAGAGUAAUGGCUCUAGCUCAAGAAUAGAAGGCUUCAAGAAGUUUUUAAAGAAGGAUCAGUCAGAUGAAAUGCACUUGAAUAAACGAAGCAUAAACUUUUAAUAAAAUAUGUUAAUGCUAUGUGUUGAAAAUAACUUCAAAUACGCCUUAAAACUUUUUAUAAGGUUUAAUGCUCUUGUAAAUUCAGUUGUUUUAUGCGCGAAUUUCAAAAUUAACUUGAAGACAACUUAAAAACCGCAAACGAACGAAGAUUGUUUUCUCUUGAUAAAAACAACUACAAAUGUUCCAUGAAUUGGUCAUGCUGUGAUAAAGCUUCCAUAAAAAUAAUCAAAUCUAAAAGGAAUUGAAAUUGUUACUUGGGUUUAUUGUGUCGAUUGUACUAUUGAAAGUACUAUACCAAAAACCAUCGAAUUUGGCAGGCAUAAUAAACACUUAAUCAGCUACCUUCUGUGAAAAUUUCAUGAAAAUUGGCAGAGAAAUUGAAAAGUUAUGCAUAGGCAAACAUCGCACAUGAAAAACACGAAAAAUUUUCACGAACACUCACCCCUAUCAACACCAGUAGUUUUCAAACCAAUUGAUCAAAGUUGAUGAAAUUUUGCAAGAAAGUGUCUCUAUAAGUAUCACAAUUGCCAACGAAAUUUCAUAACUAUCAUCACAGAACUAAAAACUGUAGCGUAAAAGAACCAUCUAUUAUGCGAAUGAAAAUUGGUCAUGAUUGUACAAAAUGCUUAAAACCACGUCUGUUUGUUUUUCAUCCACAGUUAAAAGUAAUGAAUCGAUUUUUUAUGAAAUUUUGCACAAAUAAUAAACAUACACCGAAGAGUUCUUAGUCAAUUAUUUGGCCAAUUUUACCGAUUCUUUACAGAGCUACAGCCGUACAUCUGUGUCCCGAUUAUUGCGGAUACAGGCUUUAUGAACAAAAUUUAUGCACACUCUGAAUAACUUAUACCAGUUGUACGUUUUGGCGUUUUGGAUAUUGGUAGGAACAAUCAACAGACUUAUCCAUGCAUUGCUCCAGAAAUAACUCUAUCCAUUUAUACACCUUCCUCCAUGAAUUCCAGCUGGAAUUCUUCAAGCAAUAUCCAUUAGGACUCCUUUAGAAAUACUUCGAGGGAUUUCUCCUGGCAUACUAAUUUGCUGCAAUACUUUCGGGAAGUCUUCCAGAGAUUCCCCCUGAAAUUGUUUCUGCAAUUCCAUCAGGGAUUGCUCCAGUAUACUUCCACCGAUUCUUUCAAGGAGAACUGUAGGUAUUCCUUCAGGCAUUUGUUAGAGGAACUUCUCUUAGGAUAUCCCCGGCAUUCCUGAUUCUAGGAUUUCUAUAGAAAUUACUUCUAUGAUAUCUCCCGGAAUUUUUCUUUCAGAAAUUCCAAAUGUGGUACUUCAGAAAUUAUGAUACGGAUUCUCCUGGAGCUUUCCUUUGGCUUCUUCGCUGGUAUUUUUUUUUUCAGGCAAGCUUCCUGGAAUUCUUACUGAAAUUCCUUCGGUUGUUCAAACAGGGGUUUCUCCAAGGAUUCAUCCAGGAAUUCCUCCAGAGAUUUUAUCCAAAGAUUCCUCCAGAAAUUCCUCAUGGAAUUCCUGCAGAAACUCCUUUUGGCCUUCCCCAAAGAAUACAUCAAAAACCUCCUCCUGCGGUUCUUCCAGCAAUUCCUCCAGAUACGUACAGCAAUUCUAGUGAUUCCUAUACGAAUUUAUCCUAGCAUUUUGGCUGGAAUUCUUCCAGGAAAUCUUCCUGAGAUUACUUCAGAAAUUCCUGCUGCGAUCCUCCAGGGCCUUCUCGAUAAAUUGUGCCAGAAUACCUCUACCGGUUCUUGCAGGAACUUCUCUAGAUAUUCCAAGGUUUAUUUUCUUUGGAAUCCCCCAGGCAUUCCUGGUGGAGUUUCUCUAGAAAUUCCUGUAUAUGUAGUUUCUUCCAGCAAUUUCUUCUACGAUUUCGGCUGAGAUUUCUACAAUGAUUCAUCCCAGAGUCCCUCUAAGAAUAUCUCCUGAUAUUUUUCCUGUGAUUUCUUCAGAAGCUCUCCAGUAAUUCCUCCAGGAAUUCUUAUCCAAGACAUUUUAUCCAAGGAUUCUCUCAUAAAUUUCUCAUGGGAUUCCUCCAGGAACUUCUCCCCAAGAAACAGAGAUAGAUGAACAACAGUUUCUUAAGCUGAAGUUUGCUUAAGAGUUGUUUGUUCAACUCUUACACAGCUAAAAUGUUUGUUGGGUCUUGGCCUUUCUCUAGAAAUUUCAGCUGAAUAUCUCUAGCUAUUUCUGCUGUGGUUCUUCCAGCUAUUCAUCCUAGGGCUCCUGCAGAAAUUCUUACUUCCCGAAAUUUCCUAGGGAUUCUUCUAAGAAUUUCUCUAGGGAAUCCUUCAAAAACUUGCCGGGAUUACUCAGAAGUACCUUCGGUGUUUCCUCCUGGAAAUCUUGAAGGAUUUUUUCCUGGGUUUUCUUUAAAUAUUUCUCAUUAGAUUUCUCCAAGAACUCCUCUUGACUAUCAUCCAGGAAUUCCUCCUGAGAUUCCAUAAGCAAUUCCUGCUGCUUCUAAUGUUUCAGGAAUGCCUCCUAGGCCUCCUUCAGAAAUUCUUACUGUGAUACUUGCAGCAAUCCCUCUAGGGAUUUCUCCUGGCAUUCUUGCUGGGAUUCUUCUAGGCAGUUUUCCUCGGAUACUUCCAGCAAUGUAUUUGAUUCUUCCAGGGAUUUUUCUAAAGACUCAUCCAGGAAAUCCUCUAGAUUUUUUUUUCAUGGACUACUCUAGAAAUUAAUCAUGGUAUGACUCCUGGAAAGUGGUGGUCACGCUUGCCGUUAACCGUUAACGCAUUUCGAACGAAUAUUUGCCUUAAUUUUAGCCAAGGUCACUUAAAAGUUUGAAAGCAAUGUUCUCCAAUCUGCAAGUGAGGUAUACCUUUCUACUGAGGUGAAAAAAUAUUAAUUUGAACUUGAUGUUUUCGAGUUAUUUUCGGUUAACGGAUAGUUACUUAAAGAAUUCAUAUGAGAAUUACCAGAGGAACACGUGAAGAAAAUAUUAAGGCUUUUUAAAGAAAUUGGCCAAAUCCAAUCUCAAAAUAAACUGCCAAAAUACGUUUUAUAAAAGUUUUCACAAGCAUUCACAAAAAAAUGUUCGAAGAAAUUCUCAAAGAAUUUUCCAAAAUCAUCAAAGGAGUUUCUGAACAAAAGUUUAGAAAGAAUUCCAAAAGUAAUUACUGUAGAAUCAUUGUUUAAGAAUUUUAAAGAAUCGCCAAAGUUUUUUUUUUCAAAUAAAUUCCCAAAGAAAAUUUCUAAAGAAUUUGCCGAAUCAUUUUCCAAAGAAAUUACCGACGAAGUACCCAAAGUAAUUGUCGAAGUUUCCAAAAGUUCCAAACAAAUUGCUGAUGGAAUAGGAAAUGAUGGAAUUGGCAAAUAAAUUUUCAAUGCUAGUAACAUCGCAACCGCCUAAGGUAUUCCGAAACCAUCUGCUGCAGGAAUUCCUUUCACAAUUACUGAAGAAAUGUAGAAGAAAUUGUCUAUAGAAUUUUCAUUGAAAUUGUAGAAACGAUGUAUAAAAGAACUUCUAAUGGAAUUGCCGAUGAAAUUUUCAAAGGAUUCGUCAAGGUGUUUAGCAUCAAAUUCCAAACAUAUUACCAAAUAAAUUCUCAAAGAAUUUGCCGAAUGGGCACCAAAAAUAUUACCGGAAAAUUGCCAAAUCUAAAGGAAUUACUAAGAAAUUUACAAACAAAGUCUUAAAUGAAAUAAAUUGCAAAAAAAAUGGCGGGAAUAUUCCCCGAGGAAUUAGCAAAAGAAUGUUUUGCCGAAAACACAAAAUUCUUGUGUAUUCGAAACUUACGAAGCUGAAAUUUUGAAUGAUUAAUACAAUGUUGGUUUUACGUAAGUCAAAAUUUCAACUUUAUACAGCAUUUCGUUCAGCAGAUAUACUAUCAAUCCAGUCGAAAUCGGAAUUUGAUGCAAACAUCAGAAUCCCAAAAAGAAAAAUUGAAGUUCGCUCGCUCCAAAUUUCGGGUUUCAACUAAGUUGAUAAUAUGUUUAUGAAGCUGCAGAACGGAACUCAGGAUAAUCGAGUUCAAAUUUUGUAGUUUUAAGAAUAAUACUCACAAUUUCUCUAUAAAAGUAUUUUCAUGUCAACGUGGCAGUGUUCAACAAAUGAAACAAAAACUCUGUCGCCAUUAAUGCAAAUAUUUAUCCUGAUUUUGCAAUUUAAAGUAUUUAUAACUCUUACAAUUGGGUUGUUUAGUGAAUUAAAGAUUGUCGUUUUCUUUAGCCAAAUCGAAAGAGCUGGUUUUUCUGAGUAUAACAAGAAGUUCGCCCCGAACAAAAAAAAAUCCCCAUACAAUCUUUAAAAAAAAAAUAGCUCCCGGGCACCAACAAUUAUGAAAUUAUGGAUUUUGUCUAAUUUUUGGACGGAGAUUCAGAUUAUGCAAUAAUCGGGAUACCCCUAAAGAACCCAAUUGUUCUAGAAAACUAUUUUUACAAGGGUUGUUACCAUGCAAUAAAGCAAAGAGGAUAUCACUAUAAAUACAAAUUAAACGCAAUUUUGGGGAUGUUUCAGAGAUUUACACUUUUAAUAAUUGAUCUGAAAAUGUAUUCCUACGGACCUGAUUGUUUUCAAUCCGCAAAACAAAGGGAUUGUCGUGAUGAUUGAUAAGUUCAAACUAAAAACACAAAUUCCAUGUAUUAUACGCAAUCGAGUUUUCAAACUUCACAUGGCGGUUAAAUAUAGUGUUAAAUCAGUAGGUUACAGAUCGAAUUUUACAAAAAAAAAGCUGUUCUUUAAAAUAUAGCGCGUUUCAAUUUGCGGGUUAAUUUUUCCCACGACGCAGUAUAUCAUUAUGCUAAGAAAUCGAGGGUGGAUCGGUUACACUGAUAUAUGUUGCCCUUUACUGGCAUUUACCAGAUUAGCUGGUAUGUCAUAAACAUACAGAAAAACUUGUAGUUAGAAGACACAGAAUGUUGCUAAUAGACAAAUUGAGGGAUGAAUUUUUUGGAUCGGUUAUUCCUUUUACAAAAAACACAAAACAACCCAAAAGCCACUGAAACUGGUACCCCCUAGGCACCCCCUAGGAAAAAAUCCUAGAUACGCCAAUGCGAGCAGUCGCUUCCGCCUGUUUCGGACUUCCUGCGAAGGAGAAGGCCUCCGUAUGGGUAAACUUCGGCACUUUCUCAUUUGCAGGCUCCGCUGCUGCAGCAGUCAGCAACGCGUGCUCCUGCUUGGCAUCGUCGAUCGACACCCUGAGUCGAAGCAAGGCCGUUUUCAGGUCCUUGCUUACAUUCGACUUAGUGAUGGUUUUGCCAAGCUGCUGCUUAGCCACCUCUAUUGCGGACCGUCCUUUGGUUUCUUGGUUGACGGCCCUCAACAACCACGCUCCGUCCAAAGCCUCCACCGGCUGGCUUGCCGGGAAGUAGACUGGAGCACCCACGCUUGAGCUGCAUACGCAACUCCCAGCGCCUAUCUCCUCACUUCUCCUUGUCGGAGACCUCAUCAACCCGCAUCUAAGCCGUUAUCUCAUAAAGGUAGGCAACCGAGUAGCUUUCAAAGAUUUAAAUGACCUCAACAUGAUCAAUUUUCCCUCAACCCUUUCCUUCCCAUGACUUUAAACAACUAUUUGUACGCCAAGAAAGCGUUUCCGAGAAAAGUGCUUGAACAAAAGUUAUUGGAAAUUGGCCAAAUUUUUCGAAAUCAACGAAAAAGUUUUUAGUUGUAAAUCAAUAGUUUUGUUAUUGUUUAUCAAUAGUUGCACUAUUGAAACAAGUAGUUGGCAGUUGGGUUAACCUUAUGCGAUUACAAUCAUAUUCUAAAAACUAUUGCAUCUAAUUCAUCUAAUUCCGUUUGUCCCAAGUUCGUCGAAAAUCGAUGGUGCUCUAGAGCAACCAUGGGAAGUAGAGGGUUAAACUUUGAAGAUGCAAAUCUCCAGUUCUACUGCAUCAAAUGGGCUGAAAGUUUGAUCGUUUGUAUGCUUACAUGUGUGAUGAAAAAUCGACUAAGUUUUCAGUAAGAUCAGUCCACUACACUGGAACAGGAGAUUUGCAUCGUCAAUGUUUCGAAAGUAACGAUGACGAACGAGAUGGAAGAUAUCAAUUAACACGAGGCUCUGUAUACCAAACGCACUCUCAGAAUUGUACGAUUUAUUUUGUUACUUUGGACAUCACUAAAGCGAUUUGAAACAAAGAGCUGAACGAUGGCCGCUCUGUAACGUUUACUUGUUCGAGAUUACAUUUUCAUAAUCCCUACGCUGGGUAUUCCGUGACAUUGGUGUCAGCUGUUCGCUAACCAAGGAAUCCUCAAAGAAAAAAAAGUUCAACAAACGGGUCGCCUCAAUGACUGCAGUAUAUGGUGAAUACGAGGACGACGUCGUCGGAGGUAACUCACCAGAGGAAAGAGGAAGCUCUUUCCGCCGCAGCGUAGUCUUCUCUUCUUCAGCUGGUUCGGAUUCAUCCUUGGUUGGUUGGUUCUAAAAUCCAACCAGCCAGCCCCCGUGCACCACACAGCAGCGUUGAAAGGUCGUACAUAAUUAACGUGGCCAUGAUAACGAUAUGUCGCUGUCUUUGCGUUGUCGUUGUUGGGGUGGGUUAGGGCCUUCAACGACGACGGGGCCGAGCCGAGAAAAAUCACUUCCAGCAUUAAAAUUCGAAAACGAAAAGUUUCCCAACGUUACACAGGGCAGAAGGGGUGGAGAUUCUCGCGAGGACGGUUUUCGCACAUUUCACGGAUCCCACCGGGCUUUUUGCGAAGCUGGUUCGCUUACUUACACUGUCUGUGUGUCGAACGAACGAUGAUGCGAUGGUGAAGAAUUGAACCGGGAUUUCUGGUGGGAGGUUGUUGUCGGACUGCUGCUCUCGGAGCACGCGGGCUGUGAUUUUACCCGUGGAGUGAACGGGAUCGGCUUGAUUAAAAAUGCAUAAGUUGAGGUUGCGGAAAAUGAUAAAAGGGUUGGGGAAUUUAAAUAAGAGAUACUUCGCUUCGGAAGAUGUUCCAGCGCCGCAGAGGUCGUCCGUCGCCGGAGCUAGGUGAUGGAAUUUGUGAGAAGACAAAGAUGCUUUCACAAGUGCUUGUGGUUGCUCGAGAAUGGAAUUAUUUAGAAUUUAAUAUCAACAAGGGAUGGAUGCUUUCGGUAUCGAGCUUCUAUGCGAUGGUUGCCAAUGCGGAACAGCUUGUAAUGUGGGAGCGGUUCGUUACAAGGGCUGCUGUUGUUUUCUAAAGUGGGAUUAAUUUGCUGGGAUGAAAAGCACUGGAUAGGCUUUCUGAUGUCAGAAAAGUUUGCAUGAUGCCAGCAAAUGCUUUGUUCGAUUGGCCAAUUUGUUCUUUAUAAAGCCUAACAUCUCGUGUAAAUAAUACAUUUCUGUGUUCUAAUUAACCGGAAAGCAAAGCAAGAAAUAUUUAAUCUGUCGAUGGAUUUGACAUAAUCCUGGAGGAACUUCCAAAAAUAUCUCUUGAGUAUUUUCUAGACGAAUUUCUGCAGAAUUGCCAAGGUGUAAUUCCUGCAUAAUUGAAAAUCCUCUAAAGGAAUUUCAACAAAAGCUUCUGAAAGAAUUUCUGAAAUAUAUCUGACUUUUUAAAGAAAUCCCCUGAGGAAUUUCUACAAGAAUUAAUGGAUUCCUGAAGAAAUCUCUGGAUGAAUUUUAGGAAACUGUAAAGAAACUCCCAAUGGAAUUACUAGAGUAAAUCGUCGGUUUUCUGCAAUAGGGACACAACUCAAAAUAUGUGAAUUUUCAGAAUAAGCGUUUGAAAAUUAGGAACCUUCCAUAAGUUCACUUAUUUCUCUCAUCAUUUGACAAAAGUAAACAAAUUUUGAUUGUUGCAUCAUGGAAAGGGACUGAAGGACUACCUGUAGAAUGAAUUUUGGAUGACUAUUUUUCGACUAUUGAAAAAGUCGACUGAUUUUGAGUUGUGCCCUUAUUGGGGAAAAUUGGUGAAAAUGAGAAAAUCUCGCGUUUCUCGACAAAUUUCGGAACGGGUCUUUGUGAGAUGAAAAUUUACAUAGUUUUUCAUCAUUUGUCUUCAAAAUCGCAAAAAUGACAACUUUUUAGUUGUGCCCCUCUUGCAGGAAACCGACGAUAUCUGGAGAAUCUCGUAGACUUGUGUCAAGAAGAAUGUUUUGUAAUUGUAAAUCUAAUGUAAUUGUGUUAGGAAUUGUAUCAGGAAAAUUCCUUGUGAAGCUUUUGAAAGAAAAUCUGGAGAAAUUCGUAGGAAAAUUUUCAAAGAUACGCAUGGACAGGAGUAUAUUCCGAAUGGAUACCUGGAGUAAACAUUGGAGCAAUUCUUGCGGAACUCAUUCAAGGAAUUCCCGCAAGAUUUUUUUUUGUCAUAAAAAUGUUUGGUAAAUGUUGAAAGAAUACCUGAUGAAAUAUUUGGCGGCUCAGCUAUCGUGAAGGUUAGGAAAGGUCCUCCAAAUAAUAUUCAUAAGGUGCAUUAUUGAAAUCAUUUUCGUGGGAGCGCACCAGUAUAUGGGCACUGAAAUUCAGAAACCUUGAGUGGUCCGGGUUCAACCAUGACAAAAAAGAGCCAGCAUAUAAUAGUGAUGAUCUACUGAAACAGAUGUUGUGUGGUUCAUCUUCUUCUUCUUCUUCUUCUGCUUCUUCUUCUUUAUGGCUCGGCGUCCCCACUGGGACUUGGCCUGCCUCGCUUCAACUUGUGUUCUUUGAGCACUUCCACAGAUAUUAUUUGAAGGGCUUUCUUUGCUUUGAAAAUAGGGCCCAUAUAGUCGAGGCGGUAAACGCACGGGUAUUCCGCAUGACCAUGCUGAGGGUGGCGGGUUCGAUUCCCGGUCGGUCCAGGAUCUUUUCGUAAAGGAAAUUUCCUUGACUUCCUUGGGCAUAGAGUAUCUUCGUGCCUGCCACACGAUAUACACAUGCAAAAUGGUCAUUGGCAGAGGAAGCUUUCAGUUAAUAACUGUGGAGGUGCUCAUAGAACACUAAGCUGAGAAGCAGGCUUUGUCCCAGUGAGGACGUUACGCCAAGAAGAAAAAAAAAGGCUUUCUUUGCCUGCCAUUGCAUGAAUUUGUAUAUUGUGAGGCAAGUACAAUGAUACACUAUGCCCAGGGAGUCGAGAAAAUUUUCCCGACUGGAACGGGAAUCGAACCCGCCCUCUCCGGAUUGCCGAUCCAUAGCCUUAACCACUAGGCUACAUGGAGACCCUGUAUGGUUCAUAUCAGCAGCAUAUGUGUGUCCUAUUUAACCCUCCUUUUUCAUUAAGAUCAUUUUUGAUCUAAAUCGUAGACUACGUCAGCGAACUGUUUCCAAUGUGAUGAAAUAGGAAGGUUGAUAACUAUGAGUGUGCAUCAUAAAAUCUAUAUCGAGGCGAAAUCAACCGAGUCCCAAUUUUAUCCAACAUCGUUCUAUUCUCAAAGUCCAGAAAAAGUUAACAUUUUUCAAAAGAAUCAGCGUUACUUUCCUAAUAAUUGUACAUAGUUAAGCUCAUUCUCCUGUUCCUUAGUUGUUCUUAACCCAAGCGCCACGUCAUCUUAAACGCCAUUUGAACAGAAACACUUUAUAAAUACGACUAAACAUUUUUAACAUAAACAAACCCCAGAAAAAAAAAACAACUUAAAAUACGAAUACGAUAUAUUAACAAAGAAGCUGAAAAUAGCUCCGUCAAGCGGAAGACUUCACCGACCGCGAACACAAAUAGCGCCAAAUUAUUGGGGUGCCUAGCAAAACAAAACAACCCGAAAAACCGCUUCAAUGCAAAGUGAUGAAUAAAAUAUAUUCACCAUGAACAGUAACAAAAAAAAACAAACUACAAAAUAAUCAAAAAACGGCAAACUUUCUCUUUCUUCUUGCCCGGUGCUUGGUUUCCUUCUUCCUUGAUCUGCUGCAAACUAGUACACUGUCCCUCCUUCCUUUUUGCCUGCUCCUACUUGGCAGUAGAAGAGAGACUGAAAAUCAACCCAACCGAUGCGAAAAAUUUCCACAACCAACUCUUGUCUCUUGCAACUGUCUGUCGAAACUUUCCCGGAACGAAAACAGGAAUACAAAACAGAAAAAUAAUCAAAACUAAAAACGUUGAGAGAAAGAGCUAUAGGAGAAAAAACCAGAGGAAAAAUGUAGCGAAAGGCACGAGCAAGCGAAAGCAUUCUGACGGUGCAAAUUAAAUUCAAAUUGGAAAACAAUACCAACUUGUUUGUCUAGAGCAAUUUACGACGACGACGGUGACGACGUCGGAGACGAAGAGGAGAUGCGAUUUAGUUUUACAAUUAUUAUUUCAUUCGGAACCAUAAUUGCAAAGAAGAUUGAAAACAAGUGCCGACUAUUUAGUGAAAACAAAAUGUGUAAAGGAAAGGAAGAGUAACGAGCAAAAUUUAUAACUCAAUAUACCCCGAACCCCGAUGAAGAUGGCAAGUAACACAGAAAAAAAAGCAAAUCAAGACUGUUCAAUUGCAAACAAGCCAGAGUAAAAAACCGAACAAAACCAAAUGCGCGAAUUUCAAAUAGCAAAAGUUUAAUCGAAAGCAAAUAACAACAAAAGUCCACAAUGAGAAGAACAAAGAGAGAGAGCGCGCGAGCUAAAGGGACCGUUCGACGCGAGAGGUUCCCUGGAAAAUUAUUCAGACGGAUGCAAACAUAAACAAAUGAACAAAUUUACCAACAAUUGUAAUGAUGAUGAAGAAGAAAGCAAGUCUGGCAGUCGGUAAACCAUCAGUCGACGACGGGAAGCCCGCGUCUGGCUAUUCAGUUGAAAAGCAAAGAAGUUUGGCGUGGUGGUCAGACAAAACAAGCAAAAUUGAAUGGUAGAGAAAAUUGAUAUUUAAACAAAAUGUAAUUUUAUAAAAAAAAAAAAAGUGAAGCAAAUAAACACGAAUUAUACAAAAUA